CCCCCAGCCAGAGGAGUAGAAACAACAAGCCGCCAUUUUGUUUGUGCGGAGAGAGUGAAGGAGGCAGGAGCGACCGAAAAAAAGCCACUCGAGCGCCGACCACUGCGACUCUGAGCGCCGCCGGCUCCGUCCUCGCGGAUCCAGACCGGAGAAAACACAAGCCGGGCGGUUAGCGGAGGACACGGAGGGCAGAUUACAGAUUCUCCCGUGUGGAAAUCAAAGAGCAGACUGGUUUUGCCUUUCUUUUUCUGUUCUUUUUUUGAAACGGAGCGGAGAGGCGGAAGAGGGCAAUACAUUUAAACGAAGGGAAGCUCGUCAGGGGAAAAGGAAAAUAACAGCGUCACGAAGUGGGAAUAUCUGUGAAAUUACAUCGCCGGUUGCUGGCGGACGACAGCGAAAGUGGGGAAAAUCGCAGGAACUGUGCAGGAGAAGGGAGAAAUUUAAAAGGGAUGAACGCGCAGGGGGGUUCACAGCAUCACAAAGCCUAUGAAAGGGGUUUGAGGACCCCCAGAUUUUGGGGGGUGCAGCUGGCAAUAUCACCCGGAUCGGCAGAUGCUUCAGACCCCAAAUAUUAGUGAAGCCAGCCUCGUUUCGGUCCAUUUCUAUUUUCGACCCACCGCUGUUCCUCUCGCUCUUUCUUAUUGCUCCGCGAAGAAGCUCUCGGGCUGUGCAGUGACAAAUUAUUCUUAUUUGCUCGAUGUGUCAGUGCGCUGAAAUACAGGCAAAUGCAUUGAACAACUUCACUCGAUUCCCAUUCUUUGGCUCGCGACUUCAUCUUCUCGCACUUCGACCAAUUGCAUACAUGUUCUGUCCGCUAGACAGCCACUUUUAAAAGCAUUUCUUUGCAUUUUGCAUGCACGAGCUGUGCGCAGUGCAGGGUGGUCUCCUGAAGCAAUGGUCAGAGAUUUUCUGCAAACACUUUUAACUCGUGCAGUGGACACAUUCACACAGAGGGCGCACGAGCCAUAUUCAGAUACGAACGCACAAUAAACCAUUGAACUUGUCACUUUGAAGUGUUGUUGCAAAAUACCACGACAUGGACACUGAAAUAUGCAAGUUGUUUGGAAUCGUUUAACGCGGUAGUCCGUGCAUGCAAACUGAAGUCGCCUCAGUCCUCGAGUGCACAUUUCUCAUGUUAUUUAUUCUGCAAAGAGUAUUAUGUAAGGACGAAAGGACACCUUUACAUUGUUUAAUUGUAUUCCGAGUAUUUAUUCGUUUUCUCCAUCCGUCUUACUUUCUUGGAAGGACAUAAAGGCAUUGAUGAAGAAGAUUCACACAUCUGUGCUAGUUUUGAGGUGCAUGGUGGACUUUUAAUCUUCGAAGUACAGUGAUGCUGGCCGAGAAUUGCACAUGCUACAAUGUAAAGAAGAAAGACACACAAUUCUGAAUCCGAGUGUUUGAUCGGGAGCAUUGCACGAAGCGGAGUGAGUUCGCUUUCUCGUACACAACGCCUUUAAAAAAAAAGCAACACUUCAGUUCGCCGCCGACAAUGGCGGAAAAGACGGAUGCAAGCAGCGAGGAUAAAUCUCGGGAAAAUUGCUCGGUCGCCGAGGAGGCUACGUGAGUUUGCGGCGAGCUUGCAUGACCGUCUGUUCCUCCCUUCACCUCCUCCUUUCGGAAAUAUACUUUGAGGAGCUAAAGACUACAAAUUCUUAAAAGGGAGCAUUAAAGGUGGACUGAACACUCAAGCAUUGCAUUGCAUGCAUGUAUCGUCCCAUGAAAGGGAAACGGGAAUCCGUCCGGUGUUCGUGAACGGGGAGAUUUCAUUCGCUCAUCGGCUAGCGACUGCACAGGAAGGGCUAUCCUACGCGGGAUAUAUGCUUUAACACUAAACCGGAGGAAAACUAUGGCCGAUAAUGUGCUGGACUCCGGUCCGCCUACAGCUAAGAGGCCUAAAUUGUCUUCCCCGGCUCUGUCGGUCUCCGCAAGCGAUGGAAACGAUUUUGGCUCUCUGUUUGACCUGGAGCAUGACCUCCCAGAUGAGCUCAUUAACUCCUCCGACCUGGGCCUUCCAAACGGGAUGGACCCCAGCCAGUUGCACACCAGUCUGGGUGGAGGAGGGAUGUCAGGCCCUUUGGGCGUCUCGGGCCAAGACACUGCGGCCAAACACAAGCACCUGUCUGAGCUCCUCCGCCCUGGUGCUCCUCCAUCCGCCUCCACGGCCACCGGCAGCCCCGGUAACGCUGCCUCCUUAGGAAUGAUGGGAGGUCUGAGCGGUGGCCCUGUUACUCAGGGAAUGGGUGGCCCUCAGCAGCAGCCUAGCAUGAUGCCGCAGCCUGGCAUGGUGGGGGGACUGAACCGAGCCAUGAUGGGCACCCAGAAAGGGAAUGGACAGCCGCAGAGUAUGAUGGGUGGGCAGAUGAUGAAUGGUGCACCUAGAAUGGGCUACGCCAAUGUGAACAUGAAUGCAGGCAUGGCUGGCAACGGGAAUAUGCUGCCCGAUUCUCUGCAGCAGCCAAAUGCAGGGCAGCAGAUGGCACAGGCAGCAAUGAGACCGCAGCAACCAGGAGCAGUGAACAAGAUGGGGAUGAUGGGUGCUCCAGGCCCGUAUGGCGGUUCAUAUGGUCAGUGCGGAGGACAGUCUCAACUUGGGCCUCAACUCCAAAACAAAGCGGGUCAACCAAACAGCAUUAACCAGUUUAAUAUGGACAAGAAACCUCAGCUUGGGCAGAACAUGGGUGGCAUGCAGGGCCCAGGUGUGGUGGGUGGUGUAUCGGGGCCAGGUGGGACGGCAGCGCCCCCUGCCGCGGACCCAGAGAAGCGUAAACUGAUUCAGCAGCAGCUGGUGCUGUUACUGCACGCUCACAAGUGCCAUCGCAGAGAGCAGGCCAACGGAGAGGUCCGCCAGUGCAACCUGCCUCACUGCAGAACCAUGAAGAACGUCCUCAAUCACAUGACGCACUGUCAGGCCGGCAAAUCCUGCCAGGUGGCUCACUGCGCGUCCUCCAGACAGAUCAUCUCUCAUUGGAAGAACUGCACACGGCAUGACUGUCCUGUCUGCCUGCCGCUAAAGAGCGCCGGAGACAAAAGAAACCAGCAAUCUCUAUUGGGAGGUGCUGGGAUGGCCAUGGGUGGUCCUUUAGGUGGGUCAUUACCUGGUGGCCAACCUUCAGCUCCAAACAUUAACCCACCCAGUCAGAUUGACCCAAGCUCCAUCGAGAGGGCGUAUGCUGCUCUUGGACUCACUUACCAAGGGAACCAAGCAUCCAAUCAAAAUCAGCAGACCUCUGUACCCGGUCAACCUGGCAUGAGGUCGCUCAACAACAUGGCAGGUGGGAACUCAAUGGGAGUGAAUGGAGGAGUCGGUGCGCCGAUGUCAAACCAGCAUCCAGGAAUGCUGCCCGAUGGCAUGCUGCACAGGAACAUGACCGCUCAGAGCUUGAUGAAUGACAGCUCUGGUGUUGGUAACAUGGGCUCUGCUGCGACCGCUACACCGCCCUCUGCUGGAAUGAGGAAGAGCUGGCAUGAAGACAUCACACAGGACCUCCGCAAUCACCUUGUACACAAACUUGUACAGGCCAUCUUCCCGACUCCAGACCCUGCAGCGCUGAAGGACAGGCGGAUGGAAAACCUUGUAGCUUAUGCACGGAAAGUGGAGGGCGACAUGUACGAAUCUGCAAAUAGCAGGGCGGAGUAUUACCACUUGUUGGCGGAGAAGAUAUAUAAGAUUCAGAAGGAGCUGGAGGAGAAGAGGAGAACCAGACUCCAAAAGCAGGAUGGUCCUCAUUCAGAUCCGUCUUUAGUUCAAGCCACUGGUCCCAGUCAGAUGGUCAAUCGCAUGCAGAAUCCUGCUGGUAUGCCACACUCACUAAAUGGUAUGAAUCAAUUUGGCCAGGUGGGGAUGCAGCAACCAAUGGGACAGAGGGCCACGCCUCCCCUGCCAAUGGGUGCAAACCUCAAUCAGAUGAGCAUGCAGGGAACACCUCGAAUGGCUCAGCCCAAUGUACCCCAGUUACAAAACCAGUACAUGCAGAACCAGUUUACAGGAACGGGUGCUGGAUUGGGACAGGGUGCGGUUGGCCUGAAUCAACCUGCAGGGCAGGGAGCCAUGCCGCAGAAUCAGAUGCCCACUCCACCAUCACUAUCAGUCCAUAGUCCUGUAGCUCAGUCCCAGUCGUCAGUCCCAGUCUCUGGAGCCGCUGCUGGCCCUCAGGGGCCUCCGUCCAACCACCCUCCACCUGCUCCUCAGCCCGGUCUGCACACGCACUGUCCUCCCUUACGCCAAAACUCCCCUUCUCCCGCACGUAGCCUCACCCCUACCCCUGCCCCGCACCAAACACCCCCGCAGUUGCCUGGUAACCAGACCCCUCAGCCCCACACCCCUAAUUCAUCCACCACUAUGGCUCCACCUGCAUCACAGCUGCCCCCUAUGGCACAGGGGGUGGCCUCCGAAAAAUCCAGUCAGUUACAACAGCAGUCGCAUGGAGGUGGAGCUACUGGAGGCCCCCAAACAGGGCUGGCGUCAUCUGUGCCUUCCCAGAACGCCCACGGGCUUUGUACACACCCACAUAGUCCUCUCUCUCAGAAAUCAUCUGCGACUGUGGACGGUCAGGCCUCGACUCCUGCCUCAGUCAGCAGUGCUGACCCUAGUUCACAACUGACAUCAUCCGAACCCACAGCCCCUCUUGACUCCAAAACUGAGGUCAAACAGCAGGAUGAAGAGGAAGAGAAUGAGAAUGAGACUGAGGACAAGGCCUCAGGGAAAAUGGCCGCCAUGCAGACCGAGAUCAAGUCUGAGGAGAAACCAGAGAUAAAGAAGGAGGAGCCUGCAGGUGAUGAAUGUAAGACGGAGCCAAUGGAGACAUCCACAGCCGAGGACAAGAAGCCGGAGGUCAAAACUGAACCCAAAGAGGAGGAGGUUGCAGGAGCCAACAGCACUCCCGCAAACACACAAAGCAAGAAGAAAGAAUUUAAACCAGAUGAGCUCCGCCAGGCUUUAAUGCCCACUCUGGAAGCUCUGUACAGACAGGACCCAGAGUCGCUGCCCUUCCGGCAGCCGGUGGACCCCCAGUUACUGGGAAUACCCGUACGUAUUCGAACUAGUAACAAAACUAACCUGGACUACUUUGACAUUGUGAAAAACCCCAUAGACUUGUCCACUAUCAAGCGUAAGCUGGACACGGGGCAGUACCAGGAGCCCUGGCAGUAUGUGGAUGACGUGUGGCUGAUGUUCAAUAACGCCUGGCUGUAUAACAGAAAGACGUCACGGGUUUAUAAAUACUGCUCCAAACUGGCCGAGGUCUUCGAACAGGAAAUAGACCCUGUUAUGCAGGAGUUGGGCUACUGCUGUGGAAGGAAGUUGGAGUUUUCUCCUCAAACUCUGUGCUGCUAUGGCAAACAGCUGUGUACCAUCCCCCGAGAUGCUGCGUACUUCAGUUACCAGAACAGUUCACCCAAAUAUGGGCUUCUUGCUGACAGGUACCACUUCUGUGAGAAGUGUUUCAACGAAAUCCAGGGGGAGAAUGUGUCCCUGGGGGACGACCCAACCCAGCCACAAACGUCCAUCAAUAAAGACCAGUUUCAACGUAAGAAGAACGACACCCUCGACCCUGAGCUACUGCUGGAAUGUGGCGACUGUGGUCGAAAAAUGCAUCAGAUUUGCGUUCUGCACAAUGAGACAAUAUGGCCGUCAGGGUUUAUCUGUGACGGCUGUCUGAAAAAAUCCAAUUCCACAAGGAAGGAAAAUAAAUAUGCAGCAAAGAGGCUUCCUCAGACAAAGCUUGGCAACUUUCUGGAGACACGAGUGAACGAUUACCUGAAGCGCCAGAAUCAUCCAGAAUCUGGUGAAGUCACCAUCCGGGUGGUGCACAUCUCUGAUAAAGUGGUGGAGGUCAAGCCUGGCAUGAAGUCCAGAUUUGUUGAUAGCGGCGAGAUGUCAGAAUCAUUCCCAUAUAGGACAAAAGCUCUGUUUGCAUUUGAGGAGAUUGACGGAACAGAUGUCUGCUUCUUUGGAAUGCAUGUUCAAGAAUACGGCUCUGAUUGCCCUCCACCUAAUCAAAGACGUGUGUAUAUAUCCUAUCUAGACAGUGUGCACUUUUUCCAACCCCGUCAUUUGAGAACAGGAGUCUACCAUGAAAUUCUCAUAGGAUACUUAGAGUACGUUAAGAAAAUGGGGUUUGUCAUGGGCCACAUCUGGGCUUGUCCACCGAGUGAAGGUGAUGACUACAUCUUUCACUGCCAUCCAUCUGAUCAGAAGAUUCCCAAACCAAAACGCUUACAAGAGUGGUACAAGAAGAUGCUUGACAAAGCAGUAACUGAGAGAAUUGUACAUGACUACAAGGACAUUUUUAAGCAGGCAACUGAGGAUCGUCUGACCAGUGCGAAGGAGCUCCCUUAUUUUGAGGGUGACUUUUGGCCUAACGUAUUGGAGGAGAGCAUCAAAGAGCUGGAACAGGAGGAGGAAGAACGGAAGAGAGAGGAAAAUAACACCUCUAGUGAAAGUAUUGAUGCGACCAAUGGUGACAGCAAAAAUGCCAAAAAGAAGAACAAUAAAAAGACUAGCAAGAACAAGAGCAGCUUGAGUCGAGCCAAUAAAAAGAAACCAGGCAUGCCAAAUGUCUCCAAUGAUCUAUCCCAGAAACUUUAUGCUACAAUGGAGAAACACAAAGAGGUUUUCUUUGUUAUCCGUUUCAUCGCUGGCCCUGCUGCCAAUUCUCUUCCACCCAUUUCGGACCCUGACACGCUAAUGGCCUGUGAUCUGAUGGACGGCCGAGAUGCUUUCUUAACGCUAGCACGAGACAAGCACCUUGAAUUCAGCUCAUUGAGGAGGGCCAAAUGGAGCUCCAUGUGUAUGUUAGUAGAAUUGCACAAUCAGACUCAGGACCGCUUCGUCUACACAUGCAAUGAAUGCAAACACCAUGUUGAGACGCGCUUCCAUUGCACUGUUUGUGAGGAUUAUGAUCUUUGCAUCACUUGCUACAACGUUAAGGGCCACGAGCACAAGAUGGAGAAACUUGGACUGGGUCUUGAUGAUGAGAGCAACAACCAAGCUGCUGCCUCCACCCAGAACCCUGGUGACUCGCGUCGUCUCAGCAUCCAGCGCUGCAUCCAGUCUCUGGUGCAUGCUUGCCAGUGCCGCAAUGCUAAUUGCUCGCUGCCAUCUUGCCAGAAGAUGAAGAGAGUAGUGCAACAUACAAAAGGCUGCAAGCGCAAGACCAAUGGUGGCUGUCCAAUCUGCAAGCAGCUCAUUGCACUAUGCUGCUAUCAUGCUAAGCACUGCCAGGAAACUAAGUGUCCUGUGCCCUUCUGUCUCAACAUCAAGCACAAGCUUCGUCAGCAGCAGUUGCAACAUAGGCUUCAGCAAGCGCAAAUGCUGCGUAGACGUAUGGCCACUAUGCAGCGAGUAGGGCAGCCACCACCAUGUGGAGGUGGGCCUCCAGGAGGUCUUCCAUCACCUGGCAACAAUGGAGCAACAGGUCCUAGCACACCUACGUCAGUUGGUACGCAGCCGGCAACACCCCAGACGCCCACACAGCUGACACCCAAUCUUAUAUCUUUGCCCCAGCCUGGUGCAGGAGGAGUCCCAGCUGGAGCUCCCCAGCAGUCUCCUCAGCAUCCUGUCCACCACCAGUUUCAGCAGAUGCCUGGAGCAGGAGGCAUGAUGAAUUCACAGCAACAACAAAUGGUUCCUCAGCAAUCAUUGGGACAAGUGCCACAUCCACACAAUCAAUAUGGCCCCCACCCCACAGGUCCCUCCCCAAAUACCCAGUCCCAGGGUAAACCAGGCCUUGGUCCUGCAACUCCUCCGCAACUCCCCAGCAACCCAGGCACUGUACCUAUGGCCCAGCAACAACAACCUACAGGUCCUCCGGCAGCCGCUGUGGAGAUUGCCAUGAAGAUUCAGCAAGUGGCAGAUGCACAGCGGAAAAUGGCACAGGUUCAGUUGCUACAAAGACAAGCUGCCCAAGCAGGAAUGAUGCCACAGCACCAUCAGCAGCCACAGGGACAGAUUGGAGUGGCCCAUCCUGGAAUUGGUAUGGUAGGGCCACAAGGCUUAGCCUCGCAGGCACAAACAUCAGCGAACAGGGUGCAGAUGGAGCAGCAACAAGGACCUCAGGGAAUGAUGGGAGCCGGGCCCAUGCAGCAACAGCAGCCUCAACAGGUCGCUGUGCAAGGUCAGAUGCCCCCACAAAUGCAUCCACAGCAGCCGAGAAUGAAUCCACCACUUCAGCCUCAACAGCAACAGUGGCCAGGGCAGGGCAUGCCUACCCAGCAGAGACCUGCUAUGAUGUCUCAGCAGGGAAUGGUUUCAAUGCAGCCCCAACCGCAGCCGCAACAACCAUCACAACAAACGCAACAGCAGCAAGCACCCCAAAUGCCAAAUCGAAAUGCCUUGAUGAGUAUGGUACAGGCUGGUCUACAGAGUGGCGUAGCAAGUGGGGCUGCAGCUAGCAAUUUGCCCCAGGGAGCCUUGCAGCAGCUUUUGCGGACUCUGCGAUCUCCAAGCUCUCCUCAACAGCAACAGCAAGUUCUCAACAUUCUCCGGUCUAGCCCACUUCUAAUGGCAGCAUUUAUCAAGCAACGGGUUCACAAGUAUAAAGGAGGUACAGGUGGCCCCUCUGGACCGCAGGGAGGGCCAGGACCUAUGGGAGGCCAACCUGUGGGUGUCAAUACUGGGGUUCCCCAACCUGGUAUGCAUCUUGGACAAGGUGUUAACAUGCAGAGUCAACUUCUGAGUCAACAACAGAGCCAACAGCAGCAGCAAAUGCAACAACGACCGCUCCUGCAACAACAGCAAGUUGCUGCCUUGCAGCAGCAGCAACAACAACAACAACAGCAGCAGCAACAACAACAGCAGCAGCAGCACCAACAACAACAACAGCAGCAGCAGCACCAACAACAACAGCAGCAGCAGCAAGGGAUUCAAGGACAGGGGACCCCAAACAUGGCCAAUCCACACUUCCGAGAACUAGUCAUGAGAAGGCAACAGCAAUUACAGUUUCAGCAGCAACAGCAGCAACAACAGCAACAACAACAACAACAAAUGAGCAAUCAUGCGGCAUUCCAGCAGCAGCAAGGUUACAUGAGUCAGCAGGGUAACAUGCAAGUCCCGCCAGGAGGUCAGCCACUGCAAGGAGUACAACCUGGCCAACAGCAGAAUUUUCCUGGAAAUCCUGCACAGCAACAAGCUGCAGCUGCUUUGCAACAGAGGCUUGCGCAGCAGCAACAUCAGCUACAGAUGCAACAGCAGCAGAAUGCUGCAACACAAGGUCCUGACAUGGGACCUGGAGGAGGUCCACAGCCCACACAACUAGGUCCAGGUCUUCAGUCACCACAGGCAUUAUUGCAACAGGCUUUGCAUCAGCGUCUAUUUCCGCAGCAGCAGCAUCUUAGUGGCACCUCUCCGGCACAGCAAAACAACCCAAUGAGUCCACAGCAGCAACAGAUAUCUCAGUCGCCCCACUUGCAGGGCCAGCAGCUCCCAUCCUCCCUCAGCAACCAGGUCUGUUCACCACAGCCAUCUCCACGACCCCAGUCCCAGCCACCUCACUCAAGUCCGUCCCCACGCCUGCAACCUCAGCCCUCACCUCACCACAUCUCGCCUCAAACCCAAACAGGUUCUCCGCAUCCCAGCCAUCUUCAGCAGCAUCACUCAGGCAUGGCUCCACCUCCUCCACCCCACCAACAGCCACAGCACAACUCUAAGGACCCAAGCGGAUUUGGCGCAGAUCAGAAUGCCAUGCUUUCUCAACUCAGUGGCAUGGCGGGACUCCACGGACCAGGAGCGAAUGAUAUGCUGCCUCCUAGUGGCCAGGACCUUGGCAUUAACAUGAAUCUAACCCUUUAGAUCAUAUAGUUAUUAGGAAAUUUACAAAACCUCGCCAGAGAGUGUUAGCAUUUUUUACAAGGGUGAAUUUAGUGUUUUUCAACAUUAAUGCUUUGAGAACGGGCCCUUCUAUGAGAGAGAUCUCUUAUAUUCAACACAAAUAAGUAUAUGGGGGUGUUUUUUUUUUCCUUUUGCCAGAUAUGUACAAAGAGAGGAUUGUUUCUCAGCCUCAGAGAACAAACCACAAGUAAUAUUUUCAAUGUCAGGUCCAGGGGAGUACUUUUCCUUUUUCAAGAGAUAUUUUUUAAGAUUUUAAAAGUGGUAUAAAAAUAAAGCGCAAAUGACUAAGGACUUCUUUUAUAUAUAUCGUUUCACCAUGUACCAGUCUCUGUUACAUGUUUUACAGAGUCACAUGGAACAUUUCAGCUAUUGUGAUGCCUAUAUAGUUAUUAUAAUUAUCUGAACAUCAUGCAUAUCUUCCUUGUAAAUUUUGAGUUUUGCAUUUUAUUUAUUCUAGCUUUUUCAUUUGUCGUCAUGAUGGAUUUCGUUCAUGUGCGUUCCCAGAGACUGCUACAGUUCACAUAGAAUAUAUUUUUGUUAAUACCUAUUAAAAUGGGGAGCUACUCCUUUCCUUAAGCUGGAGAUUUAGGUUGACUAUAAUAUAAAUUACAGUGUUGGGGGAUCGGGUUUGGUGUGCGCUCCGCUGCCCAUUGGAUCUUAUUUCAUGCCAUAUUGGAAAUUCCUUUGGACAUCACUGCUUUUGCAACAGGACGAGUUGUUGGACGCACACACCGGCCCGCCCGCCUGCCCUCAGAAUGUGUGUGCACUCCUUCUAAGACUUACUGGAUAGUGGAGCUGUCUGUACAGGUUGGGUGAGAGAAUGUUUUGUGUAUAUGUGUGUGCGUGUGUAUUAGAAGUGGUGCUGGAGUUCUGCUCAUGCCAAUGCCAUAUUGAGCAGCGUUUCACUUAUGAACUGUAUGGCGCAGUGAAACAACAGAACAUGAGAGGCGUGUGUGCCACUGAUAUUACCAUUUUUGUCCUUCAGUACCACUCCUUAUUUUCCUCCACCUCCAGAAUUUCCUUUGCGCUGAACUUUGGGAGCUUAAUUUGAAUAUUUUGUACUGUACAAAGGAAACACAAACUGUGGACUUAAUACUUUUUUUUAAUAAAACGAAGAUAACAAAUUUUA